AGCACAUCUGAGCGGAACAGGUUCACAACGAGAAAAAGUCGUUCAUUGUAACGUUGCAGUUCCGUAAACAUCAACUCUUGUCAAUCCUUGCUUUUGACGAAAGGGUUCUUCGUUUCGACCGCUAGCACUGACACCCACCUCAUCAUCGUCAUCAUGCGUGAGUGUAUUUCCAUCCAUGUCGGGCAGGCCGGAGUGCAAAUUGGUAACGCGUGCUGGGAGUUGUACUGCCUUGAACAUGGCAUCCAGCCUGACGGACAAAUGCCCUCGGACAAGACCAUCGGAGGCGGUGACGACUCCUUCAACACCUUCUUCAGCGAGACUGGCGCUGGCAAGCACGUCCCGCGUGCUGUGUUCGUAGACCUGGAGCCAACGGUCAUCGAUGAGGUACGUACCGGUACAUACCGCCAGCUGUUCCACCCUGAGCAGUUGAUCACGGGCAAGGAGGAUGCAGCCAACAACUACGCACGUGGGCACUACACCAUCGGCAAGGAGAUCAUUGACCUUGUCCUGGAUCGUAUCCGUAAGCUGGCGGACCAGUGUACUGGACUACAAGGCUUUCUCAUUUUCCACUCUUUUGGCGGUGGCACUGGAUCCGGCUUCUCGUCACUGCUCAUGGAACGUCUGUCUGUUGACUACGGAAAGAAGAGCAAGCUGGAGUUUGCCAUCUACCCUGCGCCGCAGGUCUCUACUGCAGUAGUAGAACCGUACAACAGUGUGCUGACCACUCACACCACACUGGAGCACUCCGACUGUGCAUUCAUGGUGGACAAUGAAGCUAUCUACGAUAUCUGCCGGCGCAAUCUGGACGUAGAACGGCCGACGUACACCAAUCUGAAUCGCCUCAUUGCCCAGAUUGUCUCCUCCAUCACUGCCUCGCUUCGUUUCGACGGAGCCCUCAACGUGGACUUGACUGAGUUUCAAACAAACCUUGUCCCGUACCCACGUAUCCACUUUCCCCUUGCAACAUAUGCGCCGGUCAUCUCUGCAGAAAAGGCCUAUCACGAACAGCUCACUGUCGCCGAGAUAACCAACGCUUGCUUUGAGCCGGCCAAUCAGAUGGUGAAGUGCGACCCUCGGCACGGCAAGUACAUGGCUUGUUGUCUGCUGUACCGCGGCGAUGUGGUGCCCAAGGACGUCAACGCAGCCAUUGCCACCAUCAAGACCAAGCGCACCAUUCAGUUUGUUGACUGGUGUCCAACAGGAUUCAAGGUCGGCAUCAACUACCAGCCACCAACUGUUGUACCCGGUGGUGACUUGGCCAAGGUACAGCGUGCCGUCUGCAUGUUGUCCAACACCACUGCCAUUGCCGAGGCAUGGGCUCGUCUGGAUCACAAGUUUGAUCUGAUGUACGCGAAACGUGCCUUCGUCCAUUGGUACGUCGGCGAGGGCAUGGAGGAAGGAGAGUUCUCCGAGGCGCGCGAAGAUCUUGCAGCCCUUGAGAAGGACUAUGAAGAGGUCGGCGUUGACACAGCGGAUGGAGAGUUGCAGGAAGAUCCAGGUGAAGAUGACGCUGCAUAGAGUAUACAACCACUCACACCGAUGUGAAUGCGUGCAUCCGUAGAUAGCAGCUGGUUUGCUGUUUACUUGAUCCUUUUUGCACUUUCCUUUUCAGCACCACUUCACAAUACCAAAAGGAACUUGUCAACGAAAAAUAUAAUCGUCAUGUAACCCAGGUCUGCUUUCUGGAAAGGCAAGCACUACGCUUUCAUUAUAAUAUUUUUCUUCAACAUUGUGCCAUCCUCAACAUGAUGAUGGCUGUAUGCAUCCGUAUAUGUCAAUUGUCCCGAUUUCCCCCAGCUGGUGUUGGCAAGCUUGAGAUUUAGACUAUUGGAUGAAUCCCCGUGCUCUAUUUUUAUUCUUGGGCUGUAAAAGCCUGUUCACGAGAGCCUGGA